AAAAAAUUUGUUUGUUAUGCGCGAAACAGCGCGAGACCACGCGGAAGAAAGGAAGGAAAGGAGGAAAGAGGGAAGGAAAGCAGGAAGGCAGAGGAAGGUAAAAGAGAGGGGUCAGCGGUUCCGCGAUUCGUCGCUGAUAGCGAUCGCAGCAGGGGGGGGGGGGUGGUAAGAUGGACCAAAAUGGAUGCAAUUGGGUGAAGGAAAGCUCGCGGACACGACGACGGGACGUAGAUGUAAGAUGGUUGUCCGCGCGAAGUGACAAAGUCCGAAUGCUCUUCUCACCACGUGAUCGUCGUCGCACGUCGCCGUCGCCCCCGUUAUCGUGUGUGCCUCGGUGAGAAUGUCGUGCCGCGACCCCGACAAUCUGAUGAUGAACACGAGGGACGACGAGAGCUUCGACUACCUGUUCAAGAUCGUCCUGAUCGGCGACUGCGGCACGGGCAAGACCUGCGUGGUGCAGCGCUUCAGGUCCGGCACGUUCGUCGAACGCCACGGCAACACCAUUGGCGUCGACUUCACCAUGAAGACCGUGCUCAUAGACGGCAAGAGGGUCAAGCUACAAAUAUGGGAUACUGCAGGCCAAGAAAGAUUUCGAACAAUAACUCAGAGUUACUAUAGAUCUGCAAACGGAGUAAUUGUAGUUUAUGAUAUUACGAAGCGAUCGACAUUCUUAAGUUUACAACGUUGGGUUGAAGAGGUCCGGAGAUAUACGUCAUCGCAUGUAUUACUAGUGUUAGUUGGUAAUAAAUGCGACUUAGAGGAUCUGCGAGAGGUGAAGAAAGCCGAGGCCGAAGCCUUAUGCCAAUAUCUGCCUGAAGUUUUACAAGUAGUGGAGACCUCAGCCAAAGAUAAUACAAAUAUAGAUUCUAUCUUUUUCUAUCUGGCAUCAGAACUUAAGAGACGACAUGAUAAUCGCCAGAUUAGUGCGAGCGAGGACGAAGUAGUAAAGCUCGGAGUUGGUCGAGAUCUAUCUUCUUGUUCAGGUUGUUCAUAUAAGAUAUUUUAAAACUCAUAGAUUCUUUUCUUUUUAUCGUUUCUGAUCGAAAUUUAUAUGAAAUAAUGAAUGAUAAGAUAAAAGGCAGUCAACAAUAUAUCUCGUGAUUUUUCUCUGCAUCAUAAAUCUGUUUCAGUUGUUUCUAAAAUAAUUGAAAAAUAGACAUUAAUAAGGAAUUUAUUUAAAUGAAUUUUCUACAAACUUUUUUUUAUAAAAAUUUCAUCUUCUGUCUUUUAUCUUAUUGCAGCGCGAUACAAAUUAAUAUCUACAGUAGAAUACACGUGUGUGAUGAUUCUAUUGAUAUAAUAGAAAUUUAGGUGCCAAACUUAAAAUAUCAAUCUCGAAAAAUAUGAAUCUCAUAAGAAAGAUCUAAUUGUUAGAAUAAAAUAAAUCAUUUAUGCUCCGAAAGCUUGCCGUCCGGGGAAAAACAUAUAUUUUUAUACGCAAUUUAACGAAAACAUACAAAUAUCAACGUAUACACAUAUAUGCAUAUUGACACACG